GUGGAUUCACAUUUAAACCAAAACAUGUGUUUUGACGUGACAGGUUAAUAUUUUGUAUCAUUUGGUUAAUUGAAGUUUAUUUGUUUUCUUGCUAAUAAUUUUUAUUAACAAUGUCGCCAUCAAUUGAUAAUCAACUUCAAACUGCUGGAAAAAUUCUAAUUGAUUCAAAGGAGCCCUUGAAGAAGCGUUUUCGUGCCUUGUUUACUUUAAAAAAUUUAGCAACACCCGACACCAUUCAAUGGAUUAAUCAAGCGAUGACGGUAGAUGAUUCAGUUUUAUUGCAACAUGAAUGUGGUUACUGUUUGGGACAAAUGGGUUUGGUCGAAGCUGUUCCCUAUUUGAUUGAUAUCCUAGUUGAUACCAAACAAAAUGCGAUUACUCGUCAUGAAUGUGGUGAAGCUCUUGGCAACCUUGCUUGUCUUUGUGAAGCUGAAAUGAAAAAAAAGGUUCUCAAUGUGUUACAAAAUCAACUUGAUGAUGAAUCAAUUCUUGUCUCUCAAACGUGUUUGUUAUCUCUCGAUAAAAUUAAAUGGCAAGAUAAUGUUGAUGAAUUCGAAUUGAAAGCUGUCCGUUGUGAACGUUUUUCAACUCAUGAUCCUGCUCCACAAUUUGCCGAUUCUAAAACGCUGGAAGAAUUGGAAUCUAUUUUAAUGGAUAAAAAAUCAAGCCUACAUAAUAAAUACAGAGCACUUUUUUCCUUGAGAAACAUGGCUAAUAGUGAUGGUGUUCAUUCACUUGGGAAAACUCUGAGUUAUUACAAAAAUGACAGAAACAUGGAUUUACUUUUGCAUGAAAUUGGCUACAUUUUCGGUCAACUGUGCGAUCCUGAUUCAAUUCCUUAUUUAAAAGAAAUUAUCGCCUCUAAAGAUUGUCAUGAGAUUGCCCGUCAUGAAUGCACUGAAGCUUUAGGAUCAAUAGGUACCCAAGACGCAAUCGAUUUUCUGGAAAAAUUUUUACACGAUGAUAAAAUAGUUGUUAGACAAAGUGCUGAGGUUGCUCUUGAUAUGACUGAUUAUUUUAGUUGCGACCAAUUGGAUGUAUGAUUUUGAUUGAAAAUUUCAAUUCGAAAUCAUUGAAUUAUAUUUAUUUUGUAUGUAUCUUGUGAAAUAUAAGUAAUUAUUAUUAAUAAACUAUCAUAAUCAAGCUUUCUCCAAUACCUUA